AUGUUUUAUCUUCUUUUUCACUUUCUUCGUUUUCUGUUGUGCAGUUUUACUAAUCGCUGCAUUGAUAUUCCGAUUGAGGAAUCCAGAGAUGUUAAAGUUGGUUAUAUGAAAAUUCCUGAUGCGAGAGUGAAAGAAAGAAGAACCAAACAUACGAAUGUUACGGUGAAUGUGAUGUUUCCUAAGUUAAUUGUUGAUGAGGAGAAUGGGAAUUUUACGAGGGAUGUUUCUUCAGGGAGGUUGAAUCUUAUAGGUUAUGUGAGAUUUAGUGGAAUUGUUCAAAUUCAGUGGUUGAAGAUUGUUCACAGCAGAAAAACAAUUGAAAUGGUUUGCAAUUUCAAUAUCGAAUUGAUAUCAAGGGUAAUUCAGGGAACUCAGUGCCAAUAA